AUGAGCUCCGCGCCCGAGCCGCGGACGCCCCGAACGCCCUUCAGCAUCGCGGACAUCCUAGGCCCGCGCAGGGUCCCGCUGCCAGAGCCGAGCCCCGGGCCCGCGUCGCCGCUGUGCGCGCUGGAGGAGCUGACCAGUAAAACGUUCCGCGGACUCGACGGGCGCGCCCCGCCGCUCUCCGAAGCAGGAGCUGCCCCGGACUCGCGGGGCCCUGCCCGGGCCGGACGCCGACGGCGCAAGUCUCGCACGGCAUUCACCGCGCAGCAGGUGCUGGAACUGGAGCGGCGCUUCGUCUUCCAGAAGUACCUGGCGCCGUCGGAGCGGGACGGGCUGGCGGCGAGGCUGGGCUUGGCUAACGCGCAGGUGGUCACUUGGUUCCAGAACCGGCGCGCCAAGCUCAAGCGCGACGUGGAGGAGAUGCGCGCCGACGUGGCCUCGCUGCGCGCCCUGUGCUCGGGCUUCCAGGGCCACCGCGGGCCCCGGCCCGACGCACCCGACUCUGGCCGUCACCUGCCUGAGGACGAGAUCCCCGGGGACGGGUGA